UAUAUCCCCGUCCAUCAUCCAUUAUAUAUCGACAGCACUUCGGCGUUGCGUCAGUGCUUAUGUUUGCUCCUCCACGAUCCGAUCCCAGCCCAACAAACACAAGCGUUGACAGACACCUGGAAGCUGAAAAGAGGUAAACAACUACUUGUACAGGACCGCCGGCGACCAUUCCUCCGGCACAGGCACGGGCACGGCGGGAAAGAGGAGGGUUCGAGCCCUUGACGCAAUGUCUCGCUCUUCCUGGCUCCUGACGUUCUCCCCGUGCGCGGCGCUCGCGUCGCUGGCCGCGGUCACCACCACCCUGCUGGUCCUCGGCUACGCGUCGUCCAGGCCGACCUCCUUCCUCAAGGACGCGGCCGGGUACGAGUACGACGACGUCCCAUACAGCCCAGCUGCGUCGGCGACGGUCCCGAGGCGCGGGGCAGGGUACCCGCCGGUGCUGGCGUACUACAUCUCCGGCGGGCACGGCGAGUCCGUCAGGAUGACGCGGCUGCUCAAGGCCGUGUACCACCCGAGGAACCGGUACCUGCUGCACCUGGACGCCGGCGCCGGCGCCUACGAGCGCGCCAGGCUGGCGGGCUACGUCCGGUCGGAGCAGGCCUUCCUCGAGUACGGGAACGUGCACGUCCUCGGCAAGGGCGACUCCGUCGACGGCCGCGGCGCGUCCGCCGUCGCCGCCGUGCUCCGCGGCGCCUCCGUGCUGGUCAGGAUCGGCGCCGACUGGGACUGGCUCGUCACGCUCCAGGCCACCGACUACCCGCUCGUCACGCAGGACGACCUUCUGCACGCCCUCUCCGCCGUGCCGCGGGACCUGAACUUCAUCGACCACAGGGUGGACACCGACACCGCGCCGGUGCUCGUGCUCGACCAGAACCUCCUGCAGAGCACCAACGCCGAGAUCUCCUUCUCGUCUGGGCAGCGCGAGAAGCCCGACGCGUUCCAGCUCUUCAAGGGCUCGCCCUGGACGGUGCUGAGCCGCGGGUUCGUGGAGCACUGCGUGGUGGCGCCCGACAACCUCCCGAGGACGCUGCUCAUGUACUUCAGCAACGCGCUCAGCCCCAUGGAGUUCUACUUCCAGACGGCCAUGGCCAACUCGGCGCGCUUCACGAACGCCACCGUCAACCACACCUUCCGGGUCUACGUCCCGGACGGCGACCACCGGUCGCGGUACGACGCCGUGGUCGGCAGCGGGGCGGCCUUCGCCGGCCGGCUCGGCGACGUCGACGGCGACGAGGCGUUGCUGCAGAGGAUAGACCAGGAGCUGCUAAGGCGCCCGCUCGACGGCGUCACGCCCGGACAGUGGUGCGCUGGCGGCGACGAAGAGACCGAGGCCGACGACUGCUCGGUCGGGGGAGACAUUGACGUUGUCAGGCAGGGCGAGGCGGGACGGAGGCUGGCGAAACUGGUGGCCGGCCUUGUCGGGGCCGCCGGGCCAUGAGGCAGCUGCUUGCUUUGCAAGCAGGCUGCCCGGUCUCCACGUCGGAUUUUUUGUUCAUCUUUAUCAUAAUCACACGAUCCAAAUCUCUUCUUAACAGAGCACGAUUCAAAGUUUA